AUGGCAGAGGGCAAGAGCGGGGGAGCCGGGCUCUUCGCCAAGCAGGUCCAGAAACGGUUCAGCCGGGCGCAGGAGAAGGUUUUGCAGAAAUUGGGCAAAACGGUGGAAACCAAAGACGAGCAGUUCGAGCAAAGCGCGUACAACUUCCAGCUGCAGCAGAACGAAGGCAAUAAACUCUACAAAGACCUCAAGGCUUUCCUUGGCGCGGUGAAAGUGAUGCACGAGAGCUCCCGGAAAGUGGCCGAAACGCUGCAGGAGAUUUACAGCACGGACUGGGACGGUCACAAGGAGCUGAAAGCCAUCGCAGAUAGCAACGACCUCCUGUGGGAUGACUACGAGACGAAGCUGGCCGACCAAGCCCUGCGGCUGAUGGAGAACUACCUGGCUCAGUUUGGGGACUUUAAGGAGCGCAUCGCCAAGCGGGGCCGUAAGCUGGUAGACUACGACAGCGCCCGGCAUCAUCUGGAAGCUCUGCAAAACGCCAAGAAGAAGGACGAGGCAAAAAUCGCCAAGGCCGAGGAGGAGUUUAAUAAAGCCCAAGCGGUGUUUGAAGACCUGAAUAGGGACCUUCGGGAGGAGCUGCCAGUUCUGUAUGACAGCCGCAUCGCCUGCUACGUGACCAUCUUCCAGAACAUCUCCAACCUCCGGGACGUCUUCUACAAGGAGAUGAGCAAGCUCAACCACGACCUCUACGAGGUGAUGAGCAAACUGGACAAGCAGCACUCCAGCAAAGUCUUCAUCAUUAAAGGCGUCCCCAGCAACCGGCGCUCGCUGGUCAUCUCCUCGCCGGUGAGCCCCCCGGCCAUGUUCCCCUGCCCAGGGAAGGCACCGGACUGGCAGCCCGUGGCAGAAGCGGAGGUGACGGUGGGGUCCCCCGGGGUGGGCAGCGGUGCCACCGACACCAUCUCCAACGGGGAGCUGGGCGCCACCGUUCCCGGCCCGCCACCGGCUUCACCGGCUAGCGGUGGGUCCCUGUCGGAGACGGCGUCGGUCUCCAGCGAGGAGGCCCCAGAGCCCGGCCCCGGCCCCGAAGCUCCGUCCCAUGAGCAGGGGACAUCGGUGGCAGCUGCGGAGCCGGGCACCGACUGCCCGGGGCUUACCGAAAGCCAGGGUCCAGAGCCGGCGGGGGCUGCCAGCCGGGCGCAGGUGGGGGCCGAAGGCAUCGCCACCUCCCUGGCUUCGCUGAUUUUAUCCGAGGCGAUUGCCCAGGCUGCUGGCACUGCGCCACCAGAGCUGGAAAAAGCCACGGCCGGGCUGGAGGUGAGCGAAGCCCCGGACGCCACCGGGGACCCCCAUCAGCCAGACAGCACGGCCACCGCCGGCGAGGGUCAGACACGUCCCGGGGAGCCACCGUCCCCAGUCCCGGCCGUCCCCUGCGAUGCCCCCAGUCCCACGGCGGAGGCACCGGCGUGUCUGUCCCCAGGCGGCGGGCAGGAGCCGUGCUGGCACGCCAGAGCCGCAGGUGAGCACAGCGACUCGGAGGAGAGCGUGGAGGUGAUGGACGUCGAGCCAAAGGUGGCCAAAACUCAGGAGCCAGGCUAUCCCCGGAUGCCGAAGCAGGACACCAGCCGGGACGCGAGCCGGGACACCCACCCAACAGCAACCCCCCCCCAGGACCCCACCGAGACCCUCACCUCCCUGUGA